AUGGGUGGGAAGACGGCUCCGCCGGUGAAAGAAGUGGUCAGCCUCAUUGACCAGGGGAAGAUGAGAAUAGAGCACGAGAAUGGAAAUAGAAUGCUGCCAAAGGUUGUUACAGACCCUGCCGUUAUUCAGGAGAUGUGCUCACCGUGGCGAGAGGCCUUGGUGAUUUCCCUUCUAGGAAAACGCUUGGGUUUUAGGACCAUGAAAGCCCGGCUUGCGUCGGUAUGGAGGCUGGUUGGAGAUUUUGAUUUACUGGAUAUCGAUAAUGGGUUCUAUAUGGUCAAAUUUGACAUUGCUGCUGACAGAGCCAAGGUUAUGGAGGGAGGUCCAUGGAUGAUCUUUGAUCACUAUCUGGCAGUAGCUACAUGGAGCAAAGAGUUUCUCUCCCCUUUGGCUAGGGUUACGAAGACGCUAGCGUGGAUUCGUAUCCCUGUUGGGAGGCCUGUUAGAGUUGAUUCUAAUACUCUUCGGGCAGAGAGAGGAAAGUUUGCUCGAAUCUGUGUGGAGCUUGACCUCACCCUUCCAGUUAUUGGCAAAGUUUGUAUCGAAGGUCAUUGGCAUAGGAUCGAGUAUGAGGGAUUACAUGUUAUCUGCACGAGCUGUGGGUGCUAUGGCCACCGAGCCAGGGAGUGUAAGGCGGCACCAUUGGCCUUCAUGCCGCCACAGCCGGUGGUGGCUACUACGCAAGUAGGUCAGAUUCAGAAUCCUGUGGCCAACGGGGUGACGGUUACGGGGAUGGAGGAGAGAGAACGUGCUGCCGCGGAGGUUUCUAAAACGGACGUGAUCAUGGGAGAAGAUUCCGUGGGGAACAUGGGCGAAGAGUCCGCAGGGAAAAUUCAAGGCAAUUUAAAUGUGGGCUCCGCAAUCAGUGUGAUGCCGUUACCAAGGAGGGAGAUCACGAAAUUCUUGGUGAUUGGUUGGUGGUGA